AUGCCCUACGAGCUGCCCUACAACGAGGGCAGCCAGCACUGGUACAUGUCCGGCUCGCAGCGCUACGGCAGCCCAUACUACGGCACCGGGCAGACGUACGACCAUUAUGGCUACAACCCGCUGCUCUACCGCGACAGCUACAACCCGGUGGAGUCGACGGGCUACCUGAGCAUGCUGCACGAUAAGGAGAAUUUUCAGGCGCAAGGUUGCGGCUGGGACGGGAUUCAGCAACGUUGCACGGACGGCCUCGGAAUUUGCAGGGGCGGUUGUCGCGAUUUCUCGAACGCGUACAGCGUGCUGCGGGAUUGCCGCUGCAUCCCCUACGGCUACUCGACGCUGAUGCGAAUGGUCGGCGGGCUGAAGAAGACGCUCAAAAAGGCC